GCCAGUACAAUAGAAUGGCGAACGAAAGUGAGAACAAAUUAUUGUUUCGAAUGCACCACAUUAUUCCCCGUGGCUUAGCAUCGUCUUUCAACAGUCCCGAAAUUACGUUGCCGCCGUCUCCUGAAGAAAUCGAGAUCCAGAUGACUUGGGGCAAAGUAGCAGCCAAAGCCUGGGGUCCCGUGAAUGGCCGGCCAAUGAUUGCUAUUCACGGCUGGCUAGACAACUGCGGGACGUUUGAUACUUUGAUCCCUCUUCUACCCAAGGAUUUAAGGAUAAUCGCCGUAGACAUUCCGGGUCAUGGUCUCAGCAGUCACUUUCCACCUGAUAUCGCCUAUAAUUAUGUCGACACACUGUUGGCCGUCGAGAGAAUGUUUGAACGUUUUCAAUGGAAAAAAUGUUCGUUUUUAGUCCACAGUUUAGGUGGAGCAACAGCUAUGCUUUACGCCGGAGUGUUUCCAGAGAAAGUAGAGAAAGUCAUCUGUUUGGACAUAAUCCGGGCGACACCAACGAUUCCAACUACGGUGGAUGUUCGAUUACGCAAAACCGUUGGGAAAUUACUCAAAUACGAAGCAGCUAUAGUCGCAGGACCCGAAGAGCCCGUCAGCUACGAAGCAGCUGUGGAACGAUGGGUUAGUGGAACUUUCGGCUCGCUCGAUGAAAAAGCGUGUCACAUUUUGUGUCAGAGAGGCAUAAAAAAGUUAGACGGAGGCUACGUUUUUAGUCGCGAUCGACGUCUACUUGCAGCUCCUCUGGCUUUCAUUCCGAAAGAAGAUCAACUUAUUUUAGCUCGCAAAACCACAGCCCAUGUCCUCGUCAUCAAAUUCAUUGACGGCCCGUAUUUUGAAGAUCCAGAAGAUUAUCAGGAACAUAUGCAAGCACUUCAAACUUCAUCCAAAUGUGUCCGUUACGUUGAAAUUGAGGGGAAACAUCACACUCACCUGACUCACCCCGAAACGGUUGCCCCCAUUAUUAAUGAUUUCUUGAAUUAUCGUUCCGAAUCAGUUUGAAUUUUUCUCUGUCAUAACCUUUUACAAUUCCCAUAAUUACAACAGUUUUAACAAUGUUAA